AUGCGAAAAACGCUGAAACGAAGGCGACCACCAGCAACGAAUAUGUUCCCAUCGUCCACUGAUCUAAGUCGAUGCGUGUGUAAACAAACUCAUGCCCAUUUGCUAAGGGAUGUCGACAACAAGCUCAAUGACGAUAGAUGGCAACGAAAGGAGCAAAAAAGUGGUCUUCUGAGCAACUUCCUGAACACAAGCGUUAGUGCAAAAAACGGAAGCCGUAAUGAACAUUAUACCGGUUGUACGGUACCACAGAUGAACUGUUUUGUGCAUGGUGCUGAUCACUGGAGGACACCACCAUUUUGGCCGGAGCUAUACGGGCAAUUCUGUUUCUGUCAAAAUUCAAACAACAAUACUUAUUGGUGCCUACGAACUGUGAAUAGUACACAUAACUUCCUCUACUGUGAAUUUAUCACUGAAUUCAUAAGUUACUACGACCUGAACGCUGAUCCGUACCAGCUGCACAAUUCGAUCUGGAACGUCCCGCUGGGAGUGCUGGAGCAGCUCAGUGAGCAACUCCAACUUCUGCGAACUUGUCGAGGGUAUGCACAGUGCGAACAUUACUCAUCCUCAACUUGGUAUGUCCCAUUUGAAGGCCGUGAUAACAGUAUCAGUUAG